AAGGGACAUGGGAAUUUAAAAAAACAGCAUGGGUUCUGGUCAGCCAGCGAGUUUAAGGAUGGUAGUGUGCAGAAUGCAUUGGAACCAUGGUCAACAGGAAUCUCUGUAUGCUUUUUGUUAGAUUCCUUGCCUAAGCUGCCUCCACUUGGCAAUCUGCUUGGUUCCAGUGGCUGUGACCUCAGGCCAAGGCCAAGGCAUCUGGUCUGGAUUCUACCACCAAGUCCAGACCAACCUCUCAGUCUUAGCUCCAUAAUGAUCUCCAUCAAGAGAACCCCCUCCACUUCGUGUUGAUGAUUUUCAAAGUAAAAUGAAUUUUGUUUUUAACUUCAUUGGCAAACUAUUACACUUAGACCUUUAUUUACUCAGAGUAGCAACAUGAUGAAAAUCCCACUGAGAAUUGAGUCUUUGAGUUGAUUGAAGGGAAUAAGAAAAAGGCAGGAAAGCUGCUGGAACAAGUUGCUCACCGUCUUGUUCUCCCACUGAAUAAGCUGCCAUUUAUAUUUCUGGUCAAUAUGUGGGUCUCUUCUUGCCCUUCAUUAUUGUAGGUUGCUUUGUCACUUUAAUUAUAUUUAGACUUCAAUAGCAAAUCUAUUAAAGGGUGCAGAAUGAUAAGCUGUUAGCAUGACACUUAGGAAUGCAUCUGUCUGGGCGUGAUUCAUAAAUAAAAUAUAUACAACCUGUUUUCCAUAUUUUGCAGCCCUGCACCUCUGGGUAUGAAAGAUACCUUUGGCAAACAGGAAAUAUGGACAUCAUUUUCUUUCUAUACUUGACUGUACCUACUCCCAUGCACCUAACUGUAUGUCUGCUUUGCACCUAAUUCCCCUGGAAUAAAGGGUAACUCAUCAUACAGCAUAGAAAUGGGCCUUUUGGCCCAUCAGGUCCAUACCAACUGUGACGUCUGUCUGCAUAAGGCCUGUAUUCCUCUACACUUUUCCUUUCCGCGUACUGUCCAAAUGCCUUUCAAAUGUUGUAAUUGUACCUGCCUCUACCACUCCCAGUGGAAGCUUGUUUCAGAAAACCACCACCCUCUGUGAAAAUUUACCAAUCACACCAUGAUAGCUUGUUUACACACUUGACGUGAUAGUUCUGAACACAUCCAACCUGCUUUUAGGUUACUCUGACAUAAUUCACUUUGACUGCUUUGCUGAAUCAUGGCAGCUGCUUUUUCUCUCUCUUUCUCUCCACCAGGUAAGGCUCAGUAAUGAGGAGCUGUGAUUUUUUUUUGUACCUUGAAGCUGCAGGCCAGAAUGGUGGUGAUGUGCAGGGACCUGCAGGGCUAACACCAUAAUUAAAAUAGGGCAGCACAGUGGUGCAUCUUUUAGAACUGCUGCCUCAGAGUGUCAGAUCCAUGUUCAAUCCUGACGUUUGGUAUUGUCUGGGUGAAGACGGCAUAUUCUCCCUGUGACCACGUGGGCUUCCUUUGGGUGCUCCAGUCUGUUUCUACCAAAGACAUGCAGCAGGUGAGAGAGAAUAACCUAUUGCCUGUGGCAAAGGCAGAGGAUGCCUCUUCAGGCUUUCAUAUGAACAACCUGAGUCCUUUGCCUCAGUUGCCAGGGUCAUUGACAUUAGCAGAUGAAUAUUCCAAACCAGCAGUUAUGGGCCAGACUGCAGUGAGCUCAGGACGGCACCCAAACAACCCCGCAUCGAUCAAAGAGAUCCUGAUCUCCGUGUUGGAAUCAUAUGAUGACUUCAAAAUACCCACAGAGAAAUGUAUACCUGAUGCAAGGCUUUCCUCACUGACUUUACUCCAAAGUGGAGAUGCAAAAAAGUUUUGGGACAGUGGGAAUGGAGUUGGUGAACAGCAGGAAGGCAUUGGUAUUCCAAUGACAACUUCCAAAUGCAACAACUAUUCAUUGUUUGCAUCGUCCGAGUUAUCCUCAAGUCAGGUCAUUUCCAACACCUUCAAUAAACUCAUCCUAUCUGCACAGUCUACAGCUGCCAGGCGUACAAACUUCACUGGGGUUCCACCCGUAAUUUACAACAGCGACCAGUCACAUCAACACUUCGAGUCUGAUGUGAACAUCUAUACAGACAAAGCACAGCAUUGUCAGAGUAAUAGACCAGAAAUGAUUGUAUACACAAGCUAUCUCUCUAAUCCAAGUUUCAGUGCCAGCAAAGCUCAGGAACGGGAGAACACUCACCUUAUUGUUGCAGAUUUGGUUAUUGCUACAUUAGAGAAUGUUAAAUGCAACAUCCUGUAUGAGCAAGCAGAACUGGGAGAAGAGGAAAAUCUUCCCGUUAUCCAGACAUCAGAUGUGAGAACUUAUAUUAAGAAGAAAUCUCAUUCUGACUCUGUAAACUCUGUGGACAGUGGUUUUGAAUGUGGUUCUGUUACUCAGUUGGAUGAUUCAUCUGAUGCUGGCUCCAAGGACAUUCAAAAUGGUGAUGAUGCUGCAGUUGGUGAUGAUGACGAUGGUUAUGAUGAUUUUGUGAUAAUAGAAUUUGAUGACAUUGUUUUUGGUUCUGACGGUCCAUUAAAGUCAAUAGAAAGGCACUGUCUAUAUCCUGAAUAUUUGGCUCGCCGCCUAUUUAAAUCAUUUCGGACAAUGUGGUUACCGCCAGAGAAUGAAGAACACCAUCUUGACGGCGUGGAAAUGGUGCUGGAUAAAUUUCUCCCUCUGAAGGACACUCCUGGUGCAGAAGAAUCUGUGGACCUGGCAGCAGACUUCAAAAUAAACUCUCGACUGAGGGGCACGGCUGAAUGGGCACCUCCUCGAUUCCAAAUUCUGUUCUUCAUCCAUUCACCUCAGAAGAGAGAAGUUGUUAUGGCUGCUCAGAAUUCUCUGUGUGCUGGCUGUGGAACACUAAUUGAGCCAAAAUACAUCAAAAAGCUCCGUUACUGUGAGUAUUUGGGAAAAUACUUCUGUGAAUGUUGCCACCACAACGAAGAAUCCCUGAUCCCUGGCCGAAUCCUAAUGAAGUGGGAUUUCAGCAAACAUCCAGUCUGCCAUUUCUCCAAACAGCUGUUGGAGAGCAUAUGGCACGAUCCCCUUUUCAACAUCUUUUAUAUCAACAACUCUCUUUACAGCAAAGUCAAGGAGCUGAGCAAAAGCAAAGGUAGCAGUAUGGAAGAACUUCAAGAACAGUUGAUACACAUCAAGAAACUACUAAGAACAUGUCGACUGGCUAAAAGUGCAGUGGUUGAAUUCUGGCGAUUACAAGCCCAUUUAUCUGAGGAGCUGCACUUGUAUUCGUUGAAUGAUUUGGUGAUGGUGAAAAAGUGCCUGCUGGUUCCAGGUCUGAAAGAUACUCUGAGAAAUGUCCUUUCUCAUGUAAAAACUUGCAAGAUCUGCAUGGCCAAGGCCUUCAUCUGUGUGAUUUGCAAGAGUAAAGACAUUAUUUUCCCCUUUCAGACAGAGCAAUGCAAACAAUGUUGUGUAUGCAAGGCUUGGUUUCAUAAAGAGUGCUUCAAAACAGAACAAUGUCCGAGGUGUACCAGGAUCUAUGCACAGAAGGAGCUCCUUCUUCUUUCCGAUAGAUAAUAUGCUGGACAUUGAGGUGAAAUCCUGUGGUAGUGAAUGAAUAUCAGUUUAAAAAAAGCCGCCUACGAUGCCAACUUCCAUGCUUUUUAAAAUAAACAAAACAACGGCGUCUGGAACGCCGCAAAUUUUGAAUUGUCUCACACAGAUGUACCUUCACCAUGGUUAUCUUGGUAAUCAUUCCUUGUACAUGGCAUACUUCAGUGCUCUGGGCAGGCUGUUAGUCAUUUAACUGGCCAUGUGAAUUAACUUCUUUAAGACUCUUUCCAGAACCUGAGGAUUUGGGCCUUCUAACUUUUGUGAAGUUGGGACUUUUACUUUGUGCUGAAGCUUUGGGACCCAUAACUGUGUAUAUGUACAUUAAAAAAAAAAAUUAAAAAAAUUACAUGACCAAUUGUUAGGGACACAUUUUUAUGCAGGUGUAUUUAAAUUCUAAAUUAGAUAUUCCAUUCUGCUGUUGCUUCCAAAUCAUUAUUUAUUCCAUGGCAAACCAUAAAGCAAUCCUAUAUAACAGCACUUUUUGGAGGGUGGGGGGAGAGAAAGAGAUGGGGAAAGAGGAAGGAGUUAAAUCACAAGUCAAUUUUCCAUUGCUCAAAUGUCCUUGAUUUUGCUGGAUGCUAAAUGUUGGCUUUUUGAUGACUGACUGGCUCUUUGCCCUGCUGCAUUACUUAUCUUAUUCCGGUUCUGCAGUCUUGGUCAUUAGGGUUCGGAAUUAAAUAUGUUUCUUUGGCACUAGCAGUACCAUAGACAUCACUAGCACUUAAAAUCUAAUUUGUUAACAUGAAAGAAAAAAGUUUAACCUUUUCAUUAUACUGUUAAUGAUUCAACUUGCAGGACAUGAUUUUUGUUGCAUAAUGUAUUUUGUUUUUGGCAUAUUGAUUGAAAAUGUAAAGUUUGAACAUGCAUUUUCCCCUGGACCCACUACAAAACAAAAUCUGGCUACCUGCUCAAAAGGGGAGAUGUAAACAUUUAUUAAAAAUUAAAACACUUCCAAUUCCAUCAACAUCGUAGGGAAUGGGAAUUCCAAAUUGAUGUUUUUCUUUCCUCUACCUGUCUAGGCUGUAGAAAUGUUGAUUGGAGGUGCUACAACUUUGGACUCUUACAUUUAAAAACAUUGUGUCUUGCUCAUUUAAAUUUCCAGUUUUCAGAAAUGCAAACUUUUUUAUCAAAACAUUUUUAUGGAAACAGCAACAUAAGUGCUAUAAAGUGCAAUUGCAUUUUAUAAUUCAAAGAUCUUGUGUAAAUAUCUACAAGAAUAUUUUUAAAGCAGAUAUUGUUGAUAAAAACGAGGCAAAGGUAAAAACCUGACACUUGUAUAGGUCUGACUAAGCUUUUUUUGCCUCAUGGCCUGUUGGUGAUAACAUCUAUACGAUCCAUCCCUUCAUUUAUUUGGUUUGAAAUGUUUCAAAUCUAAUGCUGGGAGGGGGUAGGAAAUGCAUCGCUCUUUCAAAUUUUUUGUUUAAGUUUCCUUGAAGUUCUGCUUUAUAAUCUUUAACUAUAAACAUUUAUGAAAUUGCUUUAUCCUCCAUUUUAAUGGGAACAUUUAAAUUGACUUGCUCAUUUAAAAUGGCAGAAUUGAGGAAUUUUAUUUGACCAUAUUAAAUGUUUGUAAAUUAAUAUUUGCACAGCAUAAUAUCAAGGAACUAUUUUAUCGUAAAGUACUUUGUCAUUGUUUUACUGUAACUUGUGCCUUUUACCCAAGUGGUUAUAAUGGCCCCACAGUAAGUGAAGCAUCUACAUUAUUAUUUUUCAAUUGUCAUUAUAUCAUUGUGCAUUCUAUAGAUUAUUUCAUUCCAUUAUCCAUAAAACAGUUCACAAAAUGUUUAUCCAAAUAUAUAAUGCAGUUCCAGCCAUCUCAUUAAAUAUGUCAAGCUUUUUGAUUAUUUGGAGAACUACAUAUCCAAUUUUACUUGAAACUUUGACCAUAUUUUGUGGAGUACUACUUCAAAACAUGGCCUGAUUUUUCUAAUUUGUUUUAAUGUGUACUGAGCUCCAAAUAAACACUUAUCCAUAGCAGUGGAUAGUUUGAUAUCAGCAUUAGAUUCAAAACAUUUCAAACCAAAUAAACGAAGGGAUGGAUCAUAUAGAUGCAUGGCUAUAGAUUUUAUCACCAACAGGCAAUGAGCUACUUUAAUGUCUCUUGUUAAAAUCUGAUUUGCUAGUUCCUUCCAAACUUGCAUUGGGACUCUAAUUGUUUGUGUAUUGUGUUUUAGUUGUUGGUUCAAUUGUGAUUUGUAAAGCAACUUGGUUUGAAGUAACAUCUCCCAAUUACUAGUUGGGUAGGAGGUAUUUAUUAACUCUUUUAAAUUGCAUUAGUCCAGAAAUUACCACAAAAUACUACUCUAGAAUUGCAGCCAACCAACUAAGGAUUGGUAUCUUCUGUCCAGAAAGCUGAUUACAAUGCAAAAUGGAGCCUUGAAAGCUGCUGUUUUCCUGUUUGUGGUCUUCUUGAACUGACCCGUGUUAAAUAACUGGGUAGCUUUAUGGAUGGGUGAAAUAAGACAUACCGAUUGAUCCAAGGGAGAAUGGGGUUACUUUCUCUUUUUCUGCUAUGCCUUCAUGCACUUUGUAGAGGAGGGAAUCAUAAAUUUAUUGAAGUUGGACACUUAUUUCUGGGAGGAAACUGACAGAUUCCUAUGAGAAAUAGAAAUUGGCAUGUAUUAACUGAAUGAAUCAUCUAUAAGCCUUGAUGUGGAGGUUAAGUUACUAUUGAUUGGUACAAUAUUUGAUAUCGCCACAAAUUUGUGGUUUGUUUGAGCGAGCUGUUGAUCUCGGUCCAACUAGUUAUAGAAUCGCUACAAAUGGAAAGGACCAUUGUCAUUAUCUUGUUACCUUUAUGAGAAACAUCUGUAUUUAAUGAGACUAGAUUUGGGAAGGGUUUGGUACUGUUUUGCAUAGUGGCUGAAUAACUUUCUCUAUUUGCCGCUACUGCUACCUAUCAUUUCAAAUCUCUUCUGAAGAGAUUAAUGGAAGCAUGCUCCUGGUAUUUGUCUCCUAACAAGUAUUUUGAACCAUUUUUUUGAUG